AUGGCAACAACCAACAUGGCCGCUUCCAGCUAGGGGGCAGAAGUUUUAGUUUAUUGUUUGAAAAGUUAACGCGAUUGUUCCUCAAUAAAUCUAAACUUUGUAGACAUUGGAAAGGUUUGGAAAUGUGGUUUUUAGUGUAUUGAGUCAAUGCAGGCUCAAUAAGGGAUUCCACUACCUUCCUCUACGAAAGUGAAUUCAUAUUUUGAAGGGGAAACAAUGGCCAUGGAUCGGCUGCCACUGCACCCAGAACUCUUCCCCUGCGCUGACAGGGUCAAGGUCCCCCAAGUUGGAGCAGACGCAAGUAGCUUUAAAGGGAACAACAUCAGUUUGUCCGACCUACGCCCAACUCCGUACUUCAGCAAGCGUCAGAACAUGCUCAGGCGAGACUACCUGCAAAAAAUCAGCUCGGAUCUCGUAUUCAGCGAGGACGUCGUUAAAACUCAUGCAGCUCAUAUGUUACCCUACGAUAAAAAAAACAUCAAAGAUGCGUACGAUUACACUGACAUCAUCCAAAGAGAUAGAAAGAAGUUCGUCGGACCUGUGGGUCGCUACAAUUCAAGGACGACAGAUCAGCAUUUACCUUGCCACAUAAAGAAACGUUGCACUCACCGUCUGGAACCACUCCGGAAAAAGAAACUUAAACCGAUCGUUACUUCCAACGGCCAAGACGACCGUGAGACUGUCAAAGCCGACACCGAUUCCACAACUAACGCAAUGUCCAAAACCUUCCUCACCGAUAAUCCAAUAGGGAUCGAUGACUCAGUCGAAGAGGCUAAUGCUAAACAAGUCAAAGUCAAGCACUCCCAAAACUGGGACGAGAACUUGCUUUUGAAUCUCAGUAAGAACACCGCUCGCUGGAUCGUUGGGGAGCAGACGGCCGAGGGACCUCAGAAGGACAAAUUACACCGCAUGCUGGUCGAUCUGUACGGAGAACCGUCGAGCUAUAUGGACACUCUGAUCCACGAUGACGUGAGUGUUAGUGAAAUAAGCACAAAGGAGACAACGGUUCUGACGACCUCUAAGGUGGAAUCCAUUAAGCAGCAGCAGAUGUCGUUCCAGCAGGCAGCUGAUACCCUCGCUGGGAGGGAAGAAACGGAGCCCGAAGAUGAUGGAGUCAACUCCAGAUCCUUGGCUUCGUUCUACCGGCAGCCGGACGCGGUUAGGCGACAGCAGAAACAAAUGCAGAAAGAAGUAGCUGGAGCAAUCAACAGCACAGCUCGGGAGAUCAAAGUGACUCGAAAAAAGACAAAGCCACCUCCGACUUUGAAGGAUGUGAUGAAUCCAGCGCUCGGUGAUACAAUGUUCGACACUCACAACCAGUUUGAACAAGAGUGGCUUUCAGGAGCCCAACAGAUGCUCCACCCAGCUCAGGACCGUCUUCUCCUAGACACUGGUAAUCAUUACCAGGUUACCAGGCAGGAGGACUUCCCUCAAGAUCCAACUGUCUGGAACGGCGUCCUGGACAAGACUAAGAAGAAGAAGAAGAAGACAAAGGACAAGAAAGAUGAGAGUGGGACGCCGAGGGAGUACCGGGGCUACAAGAAAUGGAGUCAGCUCCCUGUGGCUAUACAGGGUGACGUAUCGUUGACCAUUCAUGAAGCAGGAUAUGACCCAGAGGCACACAGGGAACCAGACCCAUCAGAAGAGAAGCAACACAAGCAAAACUAUGCCCUCGUCAGACUGAUUGACGAGUGGCGAACAAAAUGGCACCUCGGUAACAAGUGGUAUGACAGCACAAUCGAUGAACUUGUGCGCGAUAUGUCUGAUAUCCAUGAGCAUGUCCGACUCCAGGCCAUAGCAACCAUCGCUAAGGCAGCUACGUACAGGAAACCAGCAGACCCUGGAAUUCCUCUCAAAAGUACCUUUGCACAGAAAGCCUUAGCUGCAAUGAAUAAGAUGAAGGAUACCGGUGAAGAAGAGGGAAUUCUACCUGAAGUUCUGCUUCAAUGUGUAGUAAAAGCAUUGACGGAUACCAGUACACGGGUCAGGAUAACGGCUGCCAUUGCUCUAUACACGCUCAAUAGGCCAAAUGAGGAGCCUUCAAAUGUCACGGCAAGAACGAUUCUAAAUGACAUCAUGCGUAACGGCAGUGAACCUGAGCGUUGGGCCUCAGCUCAGUGCCUCGCUCAUGCCGGAGUCUGCGAUUCGUACAUAGUGAGCGAGCUGAUACAGCAACUACUCGGCAGUGAGGACAUGAUCAAGAGUGAGCGCUGUGUGAGUCUCAUGGCCAGGUUGAGCAGUAACUCAACCAUUGUGCAUUCCAUGGUCGGGGAGCAGUUGAAUAGUACCAGUUGGCGUCAACGGAUCAUCGCUUGUAGGGUACUGCCGAGGCUGAAUGGAGUGAUAAAUAAGGAUAUCACUCACAAGUUGAGUAACUUGAUGUGGAACGAUUGGCAUCAUGAAGUCCGCAAAGCGGCGGCGCAGACCUUGGGGAGGACUGGCCAUGGGAAAGAGGUCCAUGAUGAUCUUAGAGACAGACUCCUUGAAGGAAACGAACGAGAUCGUAUCGACGCUCUUCAUAAGAUUGCUCAUCUGGGUAUAAUGACUGCCCGCCUCCUGCCAGCUUACCUGCAAUGCUUCAGCGAUGCUUACAUUGCAGUUCGCAUAGCUGCAACUAACACGGCUAGUCUGCUCAUUCUUAAAGACCCCAAAGUCACUCAGAAACUGCUGUUCUUGACGCAGUUUGACGCCAACUGGAAAGUCAAGGCACAUGCCAUCAAAGCUCUUGGAGACAUAGGCCAGCUCAGUGAGCCAAUCCAGGAAGCUGUACUAUGGGCGGUACGGUUUGAGUCGGAGCCAGGGGUGCGUGCCGAGGCCUUGCAGUCACUAGUCAAACUUGAAAUCGGUGGUAAGCAGAUUGCUGCCAUGCUGCAGGACAAGCUACUGGUCGAACCCGAUCAUCUUGUCAGAAUGCAGCUAGCCAUCGCCCUACAGUCCAUGGGGGUGAGUCCCACUGGGGACAUGGAGAUGGUUCAGCAGAUUAAAGAUGAGGUUCGGAGACUGUGUACUCGCUACAACAUUGCGGCUAAGAUUGCAGAGAAUGAACUGGAGGAGAAUCUUGAUGUGCAGAGGGAGAAAUACUUCAGCGAGUCGCCUAGGUCACCAGACGUAAAGGUCAAGAAACAAAAACCUCUCCCUCGUCGCUCAUCAACUAAGGAGAGUGGACGGAGCAUCAACACACCCAGCAUCUUCGUGGACUCUGAGUUUGACGACAAUGAAAACAACAGCAAAUCCAGCGAUGAUGAUGACGACGAUGACACCCCUUCAAAACAAACGCCUGACAUGGCACUCCCUAGGACGCCCUCGUCCUCAGGGCAAGACAGGGGCGGACUCCUGAGUCCCAUUGUCACCACGAGGACCCCAACGGGUUCCUCGUUACGUGGGCGGAGCCCAGUGGAGAAGCUGGAGAAGCUGAUUGAGCUCUAUGAAGGGUCUUGCUCCGUGAAGGAGUACAACGAGUAUGUGAAGCCAGAAGAUGAGGAGACGGAGGAGAUGGUGAGUGAGGAGAAGGGCGGGGCCAAAGAUGCCGCUGCCCUGAAACUUGAGACGAUUAACGAGAGCAUCGAGGAGGAAAUACGCAUCCUCAAGAGGCGGGAAUCAGAAGCCAGCAUCUCUGGGCCGGCACCAAAAGAUGGCACUCCUACUCCUUCUGGAUCAAACAGACAAACCCCUGUCGACUCCAGCGCUCUCCCCAAGUCACCUUCAACGCCAACUCCUGGUGUUGACUCAAACCAGAUUCUUCAUGAUGAAGAUGUCCGUGUGUCUAUGAAUGGUAGCGAUGGAAUUGAAGAUGGAGCAAAGAGUGCUGGGAGUGGCUUUGGUAGGACAUCAGUAAAUGAAUCAUUGAAUAAUGAUACAGAUGCAGAGUCUGAUAGUUCGUGUGAUAGUUAAGAAUCUCGGCAAAAGAAAAAAAUGGAGGAAUAUAUCUUACAGUCCGUCCACUAAGUUUAAUCUCAACUUCCAUUGAAAAAAGGAAAAAGGCUGCCUUUUGGAGUGAAACUAAUCCCAAUCAAGUACCGGGAAAAGUUGUUUUCAUCCCGAAGCAAACUC